GUUUGUGGGCUGGGUUAUUUCCGUCCCGUUUUCUCUCUCCCUCGCUCAGUCCUUCUCCACUAAAAAAACGUCCCUCUCUCUGCCUCGUUCUCCAUCUCGGAUCUAGAUGUUCUUAGAAAAAGAAAUAAAUCUUGAUCUAGAUCCCACCGCCCAAUCCUCUCCCUUCCAUGGCCAGCUGCCUUCCCUUCCCCGGCGAGCAGCUCCGCUCGACCCUCUUCCACCCCUUCUUCGGAGGUCAUGGGCGUCGCCGGUGGAGCUCAUCCAUCACGGGUCGUGCGACGACCACCGUCGUCCUUCUCUGCCACCCCCCUCCCCACAUCUUCUUAAUUCGUUCAGAUUCUACCAUUAUUUGUAAUCUGCUUUCUCGAUUAUGCAGGUGCUAAUAUGUAAUUCAUGGAUGUCCGAGGAAUCACUCAUUCGUCUCCCAGCCUUCUGCGCCAUGUCGCCAAACUGAAGUGGAUUUGCGAGAACAGUUCUUAUUUCGUUUUCCCCGUCCUCUUCCACAAGGCCAGAUUUGUGAUUGAAGUUGAUUUUAUGGUUGCUCAAAGUUCUGGAGCGAGCUGGAUGGAUUUUGAAUUGGUUCCUUUCCAUCAUACAUGGCUCGUGGUUCAAGUUUUAAGGUGUUAUGUGCUACAUGGAUUAGCUGCCUCACCCUCUGAACUUUUUAGCCCGGGUGGUGGGGAAGACGCCCGCGCCAAUGGCCGUGCGGAACUCGCUGCCUGCGGCCACGCAUCCACUUGCAACUGGGAUGUGGGCGAGCCUGCUGUCACAGUCCUCGAAGGGUUCUGGCCGCACUGGUCCUUGCCUGUGCACCCGCUGGGCGCGGCCUAGUCGCCAUUGUCCAGAGCGUCGACGAAGAGCUAGAUCUGACCAUUAUAGGAGGCGGGGGAGCACUGGAGAGGUUUGCUGCCUCUACCCGGAGCGCGUCGAUAGCGGUGGCAAAUAAGCAUGCUCCGGCGGUGUGGUGCUCACGAUGUAAUGAGAGUUGUAUCGACGUUAGCAGUUUUAGUAAUUUUUUACUACCUCAGUCCAAAAAUACUUGUUGGAGAAAUGGGUAAAAAUGGAAGUAUCUAGAACUAAAAGGCGUCUAAAUACAUCCAUUUCUCCAACAAGUAUUUCCUAAUGGAGGGAGUAUGCAAUAUUUUAUAAAUCUCAAGUAAGCAUCUAUGUGAGAUAUUUUGAAUCGGGUUUGAUGUACUAGUUUCAACCAAAUAUGCACCUAAUGUUAUGUUCAUGUGCUAGUGAAAUUAAUGUUGAAAACUCCAAA